GAACGCGUUCCUCUACAUGAGCACGGAUAACGGCGUCUAUCAGAUGUCGGUGCAUCAGUGCGAGCGCUACUCACUCUGUGCCGACUGUGUGCAGGACCCCUACUGCGGCUACGACCGCGCCACGAUGUCCUGCAAGUCGUACAAGCCGUUCUCCCGCACCGACAAUCUCCUCCAGUCUGUCAUGAAUGCUGAAUCACAAGUCUGCGAGUUAGAGAUACUCAACGCCCAGCAGAUGAAGGCCGUGCCCGGGCAGACCGUCUACCUGCGCUGCGACGUGCCGACGAAGCUGAACCCGCUCGACGACGCGCGCUACGCCGUCUCGUGGUACCACCAGGGGGAGCCGGUCAAGUACGACGACGAUCGUCUGCUGACGGUCGACAGCGGGCUGGUGCUGGUGAACGUCGACGGCGUGCAGACGGGCGAGUACAAGUGCAUGAUGCGUCAGCAGACGCUGAGCAAGUACGAGAUCGUCAUUGACUCGGGUGAGUUGUCGAGCAGAUGA